GAUCAAAUACAGGUCCGCACUGAAAUACUUGUCGGGAGGAUACUUUAUAAAACAAGGUUUUUUUACAUAAUACCCCGAGGAAAUUUUCACCAACUUGGCAACGCGCGUUGCGAUUCAUGCUCGAAUCGUCUAGCAAACUUCUAGAUACACCCACCACGGUCAGCCUUCGUAUAAAACGCUCCGCGCGCGAGCAACCGCGAUAUUUCAAAUACGAACGCACUGCGAUUACGACGAACUCGAAUCAACACUUGCCGCGAAUAUUCAUCUGUGAUACACUGAAAUAAAUCGUCUGUGAAUACUUAUCGCAUUUAUUUUUUUCGAUUUCAAUCGGUUCGUGUGUUAUUGUUGUGAGUGUUUGGAAUACUUUUGAAUGAAGACGAUGUCGUCACCCGUGGUCGAUCAUGUGAGGAGUAUUCCUUUGGUUAUAGAAGGUGGACGCAGAGUUAAUGGGGAUAUACCAAUGGAACAUGAACACAUUGGAGGCUUCCCGUUCAAACGCGAUGCCACAGGCGCUGCAGGCGACAGGGACUUCCGAAGCCAACUAGAUGACAUAGCGAAACGCCAUCCGGAAUUCGCAGAGCACCUGGGCAAGUUCCAGCAUCGCACACCGCAAAGCGCCGGCGCUGCGGACGAUCCUGAUCAGCACAGACGGUUCGAGAGGGUAGAUCCGGACCUGCACAGAAGAUUUGAGAGGCCCUUCGGGGAUAGGUUCCAGCAUUUCGGGUUCCCUUUCGACAGGGAGGAUUUUGAUCCGGAAGAAUACGCCAAGCAGUUCUAUCAGCAGAGACCGCAGGACUUCUAUCCACAGCCGCAAGGGAGCAGUAGCAGCCACCAACAGCCACACGCUCCGCACUCGCCACCGCAACAGACCUACCAAUCGCAACAAUCCUACCAGCCACCGCCACAGCAACCAUAUCCUCAGCCGUAUCAACCUUCACCUCCAAAGCAGAACCAGGAGACUCAAACCUCCCCUACCGAGCCGGUCCCUCCUACGCCUAUCUACGAAAGGGAGAAGGGGAACAUACAGCAAAGCAACUCGACGGAUUUGGGACAGCAACAGGAGCCGGUGAAUGAUCGUACGCAGAGGAGCGCUUCUGAACCACCAUCUGGAAAAGGUCAACGGUAUACGUCGAGCGUGAAUAUCCCCGUGAAUCAACCUCAACAGAGCAACAUGUCGAGCAACCAAUCCGAAAGCAAGGAGCGGAUCAUUCCGAUUCACAUCGAGGGUAGAGAUGAGCCUUUUAUGCCGAAAACGGUGCCGCCGACGUUCGCGCAGGCGCAUCCGCAUCCGCAGGCCGAGCCGAUGUACAACCAGGCGCACUUCAACAGGAACGCCUUCGGCGAUGGGCACUUCCCUAAGACCGAGAUUCCCAUCCCGGUGCAAACCGAGCACCCGGCCAAGCCCCACCAUCACCACCAGGGGCAACAAACUGCCCACUUCCCAAAGGGCGAGAUCCCUAUCCCCGUGCAAAGGGAAUUCAGCCCUGCCAGGCAACAGCAACAGCCCCAGGCGCACCAGCAGACCCCGCAGCCGCAAGCGGCCCCCCAACAGCCCCAGCAAGAGGCACCGCAACAGCAACAACAAGAGAAGGCUAAGCAGCAGCCUCAAGGGCCUAUAGAGCAGAUACAGUGCAUCCAGAAGGACGUGUCUGAUCUCAUGAAGCAAGUUGAAGUAUUUGCAGGUAAACCAAAGGACAAACAGUAUUUAUACCUAGACGAAAUGCUAACCAGGAACAUGCUAAAACUGGACAACAUCGAAACAGGCGGUCUAGACAGCAUCCGAAACGCUAGAAGAGAAUGCAUCAGGUGUAUAGAAAAAGCGAUCGGCGUUCUGGAAAGCAAAGCGGCUGCCAACGUAGCACGACCGAAAGACGAAAACGUCAUGGACGUCGACGAAACGUCACAAGAACCCAAAGAAAACCAAGAGGCUAAAACUAAUGCGGAAGCGAUGGAGAGCGAAUCUCGAACCGGCGAAGCGCAGAGCGCAAAAAUGGAAGCCGAAAGUGUAGAGAAGGAAACGAACGAAGAACCAAUGGAAAAGGACCGAUCGCAGAGCGAGGCGGUUUCAGCGCCUACGGAGACUUGCGAAGGCCAAGAAAACAACAUGGCGGUGGCCGACGCCGUGAAAAAGUUCGAGAACAAAGAUGAAGACGAAGGCGAGAAGAAAGAAGAAAAGACGGAACAAAAAGAGGAGAAGAAAGAGACGAAGAAGAAAGGAAAGAAGAAAGUUGAGAAGAAGAAAGAAUAGUGUGUACGCCGCGCUUUACCGUUUUUCGAAUAUUAAUCUUGCUUUUUUAUGAGAAAAUACGAGUUGGUUUCGUAUGUUUUUUUUUUUGUUUCGUAGCGAGACUGAUUCGUAAGUGUGAAGUAUGUUUGCCAUAUAAGUACACAGAUACUUGUUGCGUCAGUAGAUUUCGGUAUCGCUUCAAAUAGAAUAUGAAAUAUUCAUCGUGUAGUGCAUUUUUAUAAAUUUUAUCUCAGUUUCAAUCCAUGAAACACCCAGUAUUACACUUAAUAUUCUCACUCUUCUUUUCUCUUGUAAGACGCUAACAUGUGUAAAUAUUUUUUUAUGUAGACUGUGAUUUUUGUUUUCCUUGUUUUCCUAACCGUCCUUUCUGAUUAAUUCUAUUUAUUGUAAAUAAUUGUACAAUUGAUAUUUGAUUGUACCUGUACAAAUAAUAAAUUAUUAAAAGGACUAAUUUUUUUGUGUUUUUUUUUUCUGAAAAAGCAAGAUUAAAUCGUACUUUUCUAUUAAUGCAGCAGUUUUGAAAUUAUAGACUUAAUAAAAGCUAUCGCCCGUUCAGAUCUAAGGCAUGUUGAAAGAUGUCUUAGGGAAGAAUGACUACCGAGUUAUUUGCACUUGAAAAUAGGUGCUAAAAUGUGUUUUAUAGAAAGAUGUAGUGCUGAGAGGGAUGCACGUUUAUAUUAUUAAAAUAUGCGACUGUCUUGAUGACAGUUGAAUAAUCGUUGUUUUGUUGAUAAACGAAUAAAUUGUAUAACGAGAAGAAA